GCCGAUGCGCUGUGUCCCUCGGACACAGCAGAUCAUGGAAAGAGCCGAAGAUGUCAGCUCGGUCAUGUGAUCAGCUGUAUCCAAUCACAGCUGAACACAUGGGACAUGUACACUGAUUAUCAGGGCACUGAUCAGUGUGCCGAUGAUCAGUGUGGCCCCAGAAGUGCCACCUGUCAGUGCUCAUCAGUGCCACGAACCCAUCAAUGCCACAUAUCAGUGCACAUCACAUCAAUGCCACAUAUCAGUGCCCAUCUGAGCUGCCUUUCAAUGUCACCCAUCAGUGCUGUCAAUCAGUGCCACCUAUCAGUGCCACCUAACAGUGCCAUAUAUCAGUGUCAUGUAUCCGUGCUGCCUUUCAGUGCCCAUCAGUGAUGCCUGUCAAUGCCCAUCAGUG